UGCGUCGCUCUGAAAACGCAGAAGCAUAAACUAGGCUUUAGUGAAAGUGGAUGUCGGAUCCCCUUGACCCCGGGACGUUUUCCACAGAGGUCAAGGAAUAGUGGCUGGAAAAAGACGUUAGUAGGGAUUUUUUUGAAAAUCUGAAUCUAGCCCUGGCCUUUAUUCCGCUCAUAUUUAAAUGCGACGUCAUACUCAUGCGACGAUCCAGGAAGAACGCCAAGGAGCCAAAAUGGCGCGGAUCUGGAUGGAGGCAGCUGAAGAAGCUGAUGUCGGUUAAGAAGAGGACGCGGACCGUGUAACACAAAACACCGUGAGGCGCUGCCGAGGUUUCCGGAGAAGAGGAGCCAAAGGUAGAUGUGGUGUCAUGGCGGAGCGGCGUGCUGAGUGUUGGAAGAGACACAUCUUAGAUCAGCUGAAGGCCAGAGACAGAGUUCAGAGGCAGAGCUUUGAGGAGAUUGUCCUCCAGUAUAACCGUCUGCUGGAGAAGUCUGACCUGCAGACGGUUUUAUCAGAAAGAUACCAACCGGACAAAUACGACAUCCAGAGAGGGCAUGACUCUAGCUUGGGGACAGACCCUAGCCGUGGUGAGGUCCUGCAGCAGGAGAUGUCUCAGAUGAGAAUCAAACACCAGGAGGAGCUGACGGAGCUGCACAAGAAACGAGGAGAGCUGGCUCAGAAUGUGAUCGAAUUGAACAAUCAGAUUCAGCAGAAAGACAAAGAGAUCCAGAGCAACGAGGCCAAGAUGUCUGAGUACCAGCAGCAAGUUAGCAGCCUGGAGGGGGACUGUCGGGAGCUGAGGGGCUACCUUCAGGACCUGGAGCGGGCCAACCAGACUCUGAAAGACGAGUACGACGCUCUGCAGAUCACCUUCUCUGCUCUGGAGGAGAAGCUGAGGAAGACCAGCGAAGACAACCAGGAGCUGGUGUCCCGCUGGAUGGCUGAGAAGGCUCAGGAGGCUAACAAGCUGAACGCAGAGAACGAGAAGGACAACAGGCGCAGACAAGCUAAACUGCAGAAGGAACUGGCCGACGCAGCAAAGGAGCCACUUCCCAUCGAGCAGGACGACGACAUAGAGGUUCUGUCAGAGGACGGCGGGAAGGGGGGAGGAGAGACGUCUCCCAAGAGACCCCUCAGCAGGACUCCAAGUAAGAAGAGUUCCCAGCCUCCUCCUGCUGGUCUGCUGGACUCCAUCUCCAACAUCUUUGGCGAGUCUGAGUGUGUCAAGCCUGGACUCGCCCCCCCACUCUCCAGGCGUCGACCUGCUAACUCCUUCAGCUCCUCGCCUGAGAACACUGACGCCCCCUCUGGAGUGUGUGCUGAGGUCCGAGUCCCUUCAACCGCUCUCCACGUGUUCGAGGCACAUGACGGCGAGGUCAACGCAGUGAGGUUCAGCCCCGGAUCUCGUCUCCUAGCAACAGGAGGGAUGGACCGCAGGGUGAAGCUGUGGGAAGUCGCUGCAGGUCGCUGUGAGCCUAAAGGCGCUCUGACCGGCAGCAACGCUGGAAUCACCAGCAUCGAGUUUGACAGCGCUGGCUCCUAUCUGCUGGCGGCCUCCAAUGACUUUGCGAGUCGGAUCUGGACCGUAGACGACUACAGACUCCGACACACCUUGACGGGCCACAGUGGGAAGGUGCUGGCAGCUCGCUUCCUAUUGGACAACGCUCGCAUCGUCUCUGGGAGCUACGACCGCACGCUGAAGCUCUGGGACCUCCGCAGCAAAGUCUGUAUGAAGACGGUGUUUGCUGGUUCCAGCUGUAACGACAUUGUGUGCACGGAGCAGUGUGUCAUGAGCGGACACUUUGAUAAGAAGGUUCGAUUCUGGGACAUCAGAGCAGAGAGCAUCGUCCAGGAGCUGGAGCUGUUUGGGAGAGUCACGUCUCUGGACCUGAACCACGACCGCACAGAGCUGCUCACCUGCUCCAGAGACGACCUGGUGAAGAUCAUCGACCUGCGCACCAACGCUGUGCGGCAGACGCUCAGUGCGCAAGGCUUCAAGUGUGGAGCUGAUUGGACGAGAGUCACCUUCAGUCCCGACGGCAGCUACGUGGCUGGAGGAUCAGCUGAUGGAGCUUUGUACAUCUGGAAUGUCCUCACAGGGAAAGUGGACCGAACUCUGGACCGGAACCACAACUCUGCCAUUAACUCUGUGUCCUGGUCGCCCUCCGGAGCAUUUGUGGCCAGCGUGGAGAAAGGCAGCAAGGCCAUCCUGUGGUCUGACAUGUGACCUGAUGGAGUAGCAAGAGGUCUGAUGUAGCUGCUCUUUGACCUGAUGGAGAUGAUGAUGAAGCUCCUCUUCUUGUUGAACUCUGACCAAUAGGACUUGUCCUUUCUUCAUGUGGACUACUCGGUAAACGCCGGUGGAAUCUGGUGUUUACUCUUUUUCUUCUGGGACCUUUCAAUGGUUCCGAUGGUUUAAAUCAAACCAACAUGUUCAAAGUCUUUAUUGAAGAUAAACAAAUGUGUCCAUUGGGCUAAAGUCUGAGAAUAAAGUCUCGUAAUAGCCUGAU